GAACACCACUGGUGGCUUCGUGCCCGCCUGUUCCCAUUGCAGCACCCUGCCAGCCCAAUGUGCAGCUUCAGCCCAAGAGCAGAAAGUCAGGCUGCUGCCCACCUGGGCGAGGCUUCCCAAAAGGCGAGGGCCGAAGGGAAGGAAAGCUCCAGAGGAAGCGCUCCCGGCCGCAGCAGCGAGCGCUGUCCGCCCGCGGGGGAGCCGCUCCCAGCGCUGCGGCCGCCGCGCCCCGCGGGCUGUGCCCGGCACGGGAUAAGGCUCGGGGAGGUGCCACACAGGGCUGGGCAGGCCGGGCAGCUGGCCCGGCACAUGGAGCUGCCGAGCACACGGAGCCGCAGCUUGCCGGGAUGUCCCAGCGCCCGCGGAGAGGGACGGCGCGGCCGGGACACUGAGCGGGCUCCAGCGUGGUUGCCAGCACAGAGGUUCAGCAGACUGCAGCCCCGAAUUUCACAGGGUGACCUGUGACUGUCAGUCCUUCCCAGCUGUGCUCUCUGCCCUCCACCAUGCGGGUAACAAGUGUGAUCCGGGCCGUGGUGCUGCUCCUCACGCUGCUGGGCACGUGGCUCCUCAUGCAGACCUACUUCCAGCACAGCUGGAAAGCCAUCAGCCUGCGCAGCUGGCUCGGUGCCUCGAGGAAGCCCAGCAGUGAGAAGCUGCCCCGGCACAAGUGCGGGAACCAGAAGAGCUGCCCCCAGAAUUAUUUUGCCUUCAAGAUCAUCAGUGGUGCUGCAAAUGUGGUGGGACCCUCGAUCUGCCUUGAAGACUUGGUCCUCAUGAGCAGCGUGAAAAACAACAUUGGCAGAGGCCUGAACAUUGCACUGGUGAAUGGAACAACUGGGAAGCUCCUGAAAACCGAUGCCUUCGACAUGUACUCUGGAGAUGUUACCAAGCUGCAGACCUUCCUCCAAGGGAUCAAGCAUGGCACCCUUGUGCUGACAGCAAGCUACGAUGACGCUGCCACAAAGAUGAAUGACAAAGUACGGGCGUUUUUCACAGAGCUGGGCAGCAGCCACGUGGGCAAGCUGGGCUUCCGGGACAACUGGGUCUUCUUGGGAGCAAAAGGGCUGAUGAACAAGAGCCCCUUUGAAAAGCACAUUAAAAAUGAUAAAGAGACAAAUAAAUACGAGGGCUGGCCUGAGCUGUUGGAGAUGGAGGGCUGUGCCCCCAGGAAGAUGGACUAGCACCAAACCAGCCUGCCAUGGAGGGCAGCCUCACCAGUCACACAGGGACACCAGCCCCAUCGGGGGGACUGCAGCCUCUUCACUGCCAGGUCACAGAGUCCAGCAGCUGCUGUCUGCUCUCAGGAACUGGCUGUUUCACAGCAGGAACUGUGCAGGGCUUGGAGAAGAGCUGUACAAGUGCCUGCAGAGCUGAGCAGACGCGUGGCCAGGCUGCAGCCAAGCCAUCCUCAUCUGUGGGUCAACUGUGGGUAUUUUAUUUUUCUAUCUUUUAACUAAAAACUUUGUAGAAGUUUUUGUAAAUUUCUUAAAUGAGAUUUCUGAUUACAAAGCACUACCUUCUCCCUUCCAUUUUCAAGCAUAAUCAACACCUUCCCCCACAGGCAGAGCAUGCCAGGUCCUGUGCCAGCAGUCACCCAUCCCACAGCCCUGCACACAGGAGCUCCCCCUCCCCACAUGGCACAGGGUAAAGUCAUCCCUGGGGAUGCUCAGACUUUGGUGGUCCCCCCUUGGAGUUCUUGCCAAUGUCCUGCAGUCUCCUACAGCCACAGUAAGGCCAGAAGUCCACAGGGAUAGCAUGCAGCAAUCAAGGUUAAUAUUUGCAGACCAAAGUACCAUUCCUGGGUGUUACUGGUUUAAACCCAGAAGAGUAAAGAAAACUAAGACUGUGUAUAAAACAGAAGGAACUUUGAAGGUUCAAAAUAUUCCCAAAAACAAGAUAAAAAACAAAGAUUAAAUGUUGAUGCCAAAAAAUUGAUAUAUUUUGAUUUAAUAGUAAGAGAGGCAAAGAGAAAGAAAGGGAAAAGUUAGAAAAUACUAAGGUUACUUUUAAAAGCACAGGAUAGCUCACCACCUCACUGUGCUACCUGGGUUGCUGCUGAGACAGGGUGGGGGGAGUGGAGCAGGUUUUGCACUGUUUUAUCUGCUGUUUGAAGAGUCUUACCUGCCCUCCCCUGAUCUCGGGAGCAGUGUGGCUGGGAUGCAGCUGCCCAUCCUCGGGAUGCAGGAGCCCUGCCCGGCCUCUGCAGCCGACCCUUGCUCGUGGUGCUCCCUCCCUGCCACGGGACACAGGAGCAGGGCA